GCUAGAUAAAUAGUAAUAGAAAUGGUAGAUACUACUGUACCCCUGAUAAUUUGGUCAGAUAACCGUGUGUGUGUGUCUAUGUGUACAGUAGGUGACAUGUCCAUGAUAGCUAUCUAAUAACUAUAGUUAUGCUAGGUAAUGGUUUGGCUUAUCAUGUUCAUGUCUAUGUAGAAGAAGACUAGGAGGAAGUGGAGAGGACUCAGGGACAGGUCUGGGUCAGCAUCUUCAGGCCAGCAGCCUUGGCGCUUCUGCCACAUUCUUUCUUUUCUGGAUCCAUGUAUUGUGCCUAGGGCAACGAGUGGCAAUUUUACAGCCACACCCUCUACUACGUCAUCCACAAGUGUUGUCGCCACCGGUGCAUCAAGACCCUCAACGUCACCUACAAGUGCGACCAUCACCUCCACCGGUGGAGUGAGACCCUCUACAACAUCAUCCACGAGUAUGACCACCACCGGUGCAGUGAGACCCUCUACAACAUCAUCCACGAGUAUGACCACCACCGGUGCAGUGAGACCCUCUACAACAUCAUCCACGAGUAUGACCACCACCGGUGCAGCCAUGGAAGAUGAUGAAAUGGAGGAAGCACCUCUGGAUCUAGGACCACCUGAGAUUAUUAUGAACCUCACGGAAGUGACCACUGAGGACCUCGUUGAACAGGAUGUGGCCGUGGAGAGAAACAGAGAGAGAAACGAAGAGGAACAAUGUCACACCAGGCGUCAUCGGAGGUACCAGACCCCAGAUCCACUCAACUCAUUUCAGCAGAGGCUCCUCCAAGCCGUCGAGAGGGAUGCAGCCCAACCUGAUGCUCACAGGAAGGAGGAUGAAGAGACCCUCUUUGCCAUGAGCCUGGUGCCAACCCUGAAGAGGCUGCCUCAGCAAAGACAAGCAGCAGUCAAGGUUAAAAUGUAUCAGCUGCUUUUCCAAGCCGAGUUCAAUGAAAUGGAGUCAAUUUAGCCGACCAGCUCACAGGAAGGACAGGAAGAGGAGAGGAAGGACAGGAAGAGGAAGGACAGGAAAGACAGGAAGAGGAGAGG